AUGGCAGAAUUCUUCAGGUCAUUGAUCGUUACUGCCAAGACAAUUGCUACCAUGAUAAUUCAUCCCUCGCUUUGCAAGAUUGAGGAAUUGCUUGCAUGGAUGGAGUGCCCAAAUUGCAAAUACCGCAUUGAUAAUACUGAUGUUUUAUCACAGUGGCCAGGCCUCCCUGCUGGUGUUAAAUUCGAUCCAACUGAUCUCGAACUGCUUGAACAUUUAGAAGGAAAGGUUGGCAGGGUAGCGUCCCAUGUACUAAUAGAUGAUUUUAUUCCAACCAUAAAGGAGGCCCAAGGAAUCUGCUAUACACAUCCGGAAAAUCUCCCUGGUAUCAAGAUGGACGGGAGCACCGGUCACUUCUUCCACAAAGUAUCCAAUGCAUACGUUGUUGGCAAGCGUAAGCGUCGCAAGAUUAGCAACAGUGACCACACUGUUUGUGAUGAGAAUCUCAGAUGGCACAAGACUGGAAAAUCCAGAUCUAUCUUAGAUAAUAACGGUGUCAUAAAAGGGUGGAAGAAAAUAUUGGUUCUUUACAUAGGUUAUCGGAAAGGAGGUGGCAAGACAGAGAAAACUAAUUGGAGAAUGCAUCAGUACCACCUUGGGGUAGAUCAAGAUGAAAAGCAGGAGGAGCUUGUUGUUUCCAAAGUCUUUUAUCAGGUGCAGUCAAUGAAUGCUGGGCAGUCUCUAGUGUGCGGUGUUAAUGAAGAAUUCGAUUCAUUUGCUGGGGAAGACGAUCCUACAACCCCAAUGACAUACCCUCUGCAGACUCGUUGCCCAAACGGCAGCCCAUCCGGAACCGAGCAGAAUCAGGAGGAGGGAGAGUCCCGCGUGUCUACAGUUCGGGAAGCGGGGGAAUGGCUCGCUGGAAGCUCGUCGCAUGCCAUGGAUGACGCAGCGGUGUCUGGCCUGGAUGAACACCUGUCACACGGCAGAAUCCCGGAGGAGGCGCUCCUGGGGUUCCCCGACCUCGGAAUGCCUCCGGAUGUCUCCCUUCUCACCGACAUGCAGUUGGGGUCGCAGGAUAGCAUGGAGAUGUGGCUGGUUAGCGUGUUAACAGAGGAUGAGGGGGUAUUUGAAGCAGCGGAGCAACGAGAAGAGGCUGGUUUUUCUCCGUGA